AUGCCACUGGGAAUUAAGCCAGAGUGCGCGAAAUGUGGGACCCGGGAGAUUCCGCUCUGGCAUGCCACCGACAUCAGCAACCUCUGCAACGGCUGCCUCGAGAAGGAGAGGGCUAAAGUAGCCUCUGCUACUGGUACCCAAGCACCUUCUAGUGCUGCUAAUAAUAAUAACAACAAAGAAGAGGAGCAGCAGGUAAAACUUUCAGCAGCUAUUUCUGGUAUCAGUGAUGUCAAAGAUGCGAUCACUAUAGCCUCUAAUGAACUGAAAUUUGGCCGUCGAACUGUUAUGUUUAUGGAUGAAAUUCACAGAUUCAACAAAACUCAGCAGGAUACAUUUUUACCUCACAUUGAAUCUGACACUAUAAUACUGAUUAGAGCAACCACUGAAAAUCCAUCGUUCAGCUUGAAUGCAGCCCUCUUAAGCCGAUGCCGUGUCAUAGUUUUAGAGAAAUUGACAAUUGAAAAUCUAACUGAAAUUUUAAUAAGAGCUAUUAAAGCUGCUGGUGGAGCUGUACAUAAUUUUGAAAAACCUCCGAAUGCUUCCAUCAACAAAAUCAGGGCAAGUGAUGACAAUGCUGCCUUGUACUGGAUUACAAGGAUGAUGGCUGGUGGGGAAGAUCCUGUCUAUAUUGUUAGAAGACUUGUAAGGAUGGCUACUGAAGACAUUGGCUUAGAAGAUCCAAAAGCCUUGGGUGUGGCUGUGCAUACAAUGCAGAGCUGUAAAAUGCUAGGCAUGCCUGAGUGUGAUGUAUUAUUAGCUCAAUUCGCAAUAUACUUAGCCAGAGCUCCAAAAUCACAUCUCAUGGAGGAUUCUCUCAGGGCAGCACAGCGUGUUGUAGCAAACUACAAAGACGCAGAGCUACCAGUUCCUCUGCACUUGAGGAAUAUCCCUACAAGUAUUCUUGGUAAAUAGGAUAGAUCAAUACUCCCUUACACGAGAAACAAAAAUUGAAACUGAAAAAGCCAAGGAAAUCAAGGAAAGGCAUGGAUAACAGAGAGCACAUCCUACUUUACGUAAUGGUGGUUCUUGGAGCGGAUUCAUCAGAGUUUAAUUUGGACUCUAGUUCACAUGAUGCCAUUAUGAGAGGAUCAACGGUCAUGAAACAGCAAAAGCUUCCAGAAGACACUGAGAGAGAAGUCAAGCUUAUCAAAAUACGAGAUUCUAUGCAGAAAGAGGAUGGACCAGUGC